GAAGGCGGCGCUCAAGGAUUAGAAGUGGCUCGAGACUGGCAUCUUCCGUAAGUUUCGUCGCUACCCGCUACCAAAGUCCGUAGACGUUCCCAGAGGAACUGUGGCAGGUGUGUGGGGAGUGAUUCCGGUCGGUGAAGACCAGGGGUUACCAGCAUCUCUCAAGGACAUCUACAGGGGCUUCAACGCGCCAGGUCAAGUCUUCCCUGGCAUCACCAUCAUCCUGAGCAUCAUCGCCGUCGUCGGCAUGACCAUUAGCCUCAGGGACGAUUGGAGCCAGUUGACCACCGCCGGCAAGGCGCUCACCAUCAUCUCGAUCAGCGUGACCGCAGCCAGCAUUUUCGCCAGCGAACUGGUUGCGGAAGCCAUCAUAUGGGCUGGGUUCGUCGCCGCAGAGUCCACCAUGGUUGUAACUCUCCCGAUUGUCGGAGCCGUGUUGGUCGAGAUCGGUGUCGUUAUCAUGAUAUUCAUGUCCAUCUUCGAGAUGCGGGAGGAAUCACCAGAGCCAGCACUCACCCCGAUCGAGAGCCUCAUCGAAGGUGUCGGUCGGUCCUUGAUCGCCACCUGGGACGAACACCCCGGUCCUUUCCUCGUCUACACCAUCCCGACAGGUGUUGGGCUGGGAGGUGCUACGAAGACUCUGGUCCUCGAGGCCGCCAAUCCCACGUCUUCCAUCAUGAAGCCGCGGGCCAUGUCGUUUAGAUUCCUCGCGGGUGCAGCUACGGCCACAAUCGCCCCGGACGCUCUGUUCUCGGAUGCCAAAUUUGAGCUCGUUGAUGCCACCGACAUUUCGCGCAACAACCCUGGCAACAUCUUCUUUGGCCACGACCCGGGCUUGGAGGCCUUGCUGCAAUUCGAUCCGCGCGACUCGGGGGGCGCGGCAUGGGAAGUGCGAGUGACUGGUAAGACUGGCGGCACGGACAAGGCCGAGCAAGGGCUCAUUCGCCUGGCACCGGGAUACGCUAUAAGUGUGAUUGUUUCUGGAUAUCUGUGUCAGGGAACUUAGGUGGUGUACUAAGCCCGUCCAUAGACCAUUCAGGCAAAUGCCCAAAAGAUCAACCAA